CAUAUAACGUUGCUUGCGACCCACCAUUAAAUGAAGAAGAAGAAGACCGGAAGUUGUUUUCUAGCUAAUUAGCCUCUCAACUCCAUGCAUGGUUUUAUCGACUGCCACUGUCACAUCUCCGCCAGAGAUUUUGACAAGGACAUAGAAAGCGUUAUUGAGAGCUCCAAACGGGCUGGACUGUUGGCAUUGCUCGCUGUGGCAGAACAUGCUGGGGAGUUUGAAAAGAUCAUUGCCCUGUCCCAAAGAUUCCCGGGCUUUGUCUUCCCCUGCCUGGGAGUCCACCCUGUGCAAGAAGUGUCCCCACAGCAACACAGGAGCGCUUCUCUGCAGGAUCUAGACGCGGCUCUACCCAUCAUUGACAAAUACAAGGAGCAACUCGUGUCCAUUGGAGAGGUCGGCUUGGACUUCACACCCAGAUUUGUGAAAAGUGACUCCGACAAAGAAGGCCAGAGGCAGGUCCUCGUUCGUCAGUCCCGUUUGGCCAAGGAACUGGACCUCCCUCUGAACGUUCACUCGCGGUCGGCAGGAAGACCCACCAUCCAGCUCCUGAAAGAAGAAGGUGUGGAAAAGGUUUUGCUGCACGCUUUUGAUGGGAAACCGUCGGUUGCCAUGGAAGCGGUACGAGCCGGAUACUUCUUCUCCAUCCCGCCGUCCAUAAUACGCAGUGAACAGAAGCAGAAACUGGUCCAGCAGCUGCCGCUGGAGAACAUGUGUCUGGAAACCGACUCUCCCGCUCUGGGCCCGGAGAAGCAGGUGAGGAACGAGCCGCAAAACGUCCGCGUGUCCGCCGAGUACAUCAGCCGCGUCAAGGGCGUGUCCGUGGAGCAGGUGAUGGAAGCCACCACGCAGAACGCACUUCGACUCUUCCCCAAGUUGAAGGCGGCCAUCAAGGUGUGACUACACGAUUGUGUCCAGCGUGCUUACUCUCUGUUGCUGCAGCAGAUAAAGUUCAUUUAACCUCAUUAGAGCGUCAACGUACAAAGUUUGCAUAUUUAAAAGAAUAAAAGCUCACAAGACACUAGUUUAAUUCUUCACAAACAUGUCUUAUUUUUACAUUUGCCAAAGACAAAAAGUAAAGAAGGAUGUGAAAAUACAACAAUACACUUUUGACAGCAAUCAUUCAAGUUGACUUUACAGCAGUGGUCCUCAAUAGAGGGGAGGGGACUUUUUUAUAUAAAUACUUAAAGACUUUUAUAUAUUACAAUAUUGUUGUGUUUUAAAAAGAAACUGUUGAAAGAAAUCAUUGAAAAUAAACGUUGACUUUGUGUUUA